AUGGAGGGUGGCGGAUGGGAUGACCAGGGGAAGGACGGUGGCGAGACCAAGUACCGCGGCGUGCGACGCCGCCCGUCGGGCAAGUUCGCGGCGGAGAUCCGCGACUCCAGCCGGCAGAGCGUGCGCGUCUGGCUCGGCACGUUCGACACGGCCGAGGAGGCCGCGCGGGCGUACGACCGUGCGGCCUACGCCAUGCGCGGGCAGCUCGCCGUGCUCAACUUCCCCGGCGAGGCGCGCAACUACGUGCGCGGGUCGUCGUCUUCCCGGCAUCAGCAGCAGCAGCAAGGAGGAGGAAGCGGCCGGCAGGUGAUCGAGCUGGAGUACCUGGAUGACCAGGUGCUGCAGGAGAUGCUCAAGGACGGCGACGGAAACAAGAAGUAA